AUGGCGGGGAUGGCGCUGCCCCUCUGCCUGAUCCUCGCUGCCGCCCUGCAGGGCGGCCUGACCCGGGCACCGGGGCCCCUGGCCCGCCCCGGCCCCCUGCUCCUGCGGCUGCGGCGUCUGGAGGAGCAGUUUCUCCGGCUCCAGGAGGUGACACUGAACCAUCUCCAGAGCAUCGCCAGCAACUACAACAUCUCCUACAACAUCGAUGGACGUUUCCAGGCACUGGCGGAGCAGGCGGAGGCGGCCGACGCUGCCCGGGCCGCCCUGGGUGCUGAGCUGGCCCGUCUGGCCACCGCUGGCCGGCGGCUGCGCCGCAGGCUCAAGAGACUGGAGGGGACAGUGGGUGCCCUGAGCCCACUACACGGCCUGGUCACCCACCCACCACCAGCUGCACUGCUGGAGGCUGGCACCAAACCGCACGGUCUGCCAGACACUGCCCGCAGCCGGGGCCAGGCUGUCCCCAGCACCCCCAGCCCUCGCCGCCCGAAGACGAGGCGGUGGCAGCAACACCGGCAGGAGGAAGGGCAGUGGCUGUCGGCUGAUGCCGAGGCUGGCGGAGCACCCGAGGAGGAUGAGGAGACCACUCGUGAUGCAGUACCAGGACCCCAAACCAUGGCACCGGUGCUUCCCACCGUAACCACGGUCCCCCAGGAGCAGCCCCCAGCCCCCCAGCAAAUGGGAGAGAGUAGGUACGGCCCCCCCGCUCUGGUGCCCACCUCCCCCGCCUGUCGCACCAGUGCCGUCCUUCUCUUCCCCAACACCUCCGCUGAGCACAGGGCCGUCCUGGGGCUGGGGCCACACCGGGGGCUGCGGGCGAUCUCACUCUGUUCCUGGCUGGCCACCCCAGCCCCUCGCCUCGGUGCUCUCCUCUCCUACGCCACCGAGGACGGGCACAGCGAGCUGGCCGUGCGUGGCCGUGGUGGGGAUCGCCCUGGUUCUGCACGUUUCAUCGUGGGGGACGGGCAAUUUCGGGAGCUGCCGGUGAUGCCGCUCCUGGAUGGCAAAUGGCACCACCUGUGCCUCACCUGGUCCUCCGGCCAGGGCCAGUACCGCUUCUACGUGGACAGGAGGCUGCUGGCUGCCGGCUCCGGCUUCCAGCAGGGCAAUGAAAUUCCCGCUGGUGGCUCGCUGGUGCUGGGCUCGGGGCAGGACGGCCCCAACAUGGACUUGGGCACUGCAGAAGGUUUUGUGGGUCACCUGGCUUCUUUUGCUGUCUGGAGACGGGCUCUCCUGCCCGGGGAGGUGGCCAGAAUGGCGACCGGGCGGGGGCUGCCCCGCGGCCCCCUCCUCACGCUGGCCGAUGCCUCCCUGCAGGGCGGAGUGCGGAGGGUGGCAUGUCCCUGCCUCCAGCGCUGCCUUUGA